AUGUCUACGGACGGGGGUACGUACACGGAAACACCACUGAAGUUUGCAAAACCUGUGCGAACUGGCAAAACCUUCGCAAACCCGUCGUCCUUCGGAAAUUGGUCUGGAUUACCUGGCCCAUGGAAUCUCAUUAAAUGGAAGCUGUUCGAUACUGACGAGUCCAACAUACCAGAUGAUGAAGCGGUUCUCGACAAACUCUUCCCGUCCAUGAACAUCACAAACGUUCAUAACAUCACCAAAUUUGAAUCCGAGUCGAAUAAGCGAAUGUUCGCAACAUGGCUUGGACAUGCGACUGUUCUUGUCCAAAUGGAAGGUGUACGCUUCACUUUGGCGUCAUCUCGCACGACCAUUAUGACCACUUGGAUUCGGACGCUGUCACCAAGAUCAACAGGUAGA